UAUAAAGCCGUACAGUAUAUAGCUCCACCAUCUGGACAACUGUAAGACUUUACACAUAAUUUCAACCACGGCCACAGAAGCUGAAUGAAGCUAUUAUUUUAUUUCUUCCCCUAUGUCCCUAUGAGUUCCGUGUGAACUGUAAAACAAUCGAGAAGCUAAACUAUACAGCGGGAUUCCGAUGAGUGCCCUGACCGCUUUCUGCCUAUUCUUUUGUCAUGCAUGGCCGCAUUAUCACCGCCCUCCUUAACAGUGGUGCGUCUAGGUAAUGAUCACCACGGAUGCCAAGGAAACAACAUGUACACAGACCUUGAACAUUUCGGGAUAUGUGUGUCUCAUAUGAUAUUAAGACGAUAUCUAAUUGAUAUUCUCUAACGCAUUGCAUCUUUAAAAACUCAAGGUGGUUGUUUGAGAUCAGGAACAAUGCCGCCGGAGGGGAAAUCCGACAUGGAAAGAGUGGGACUCUUCCAAGAGAUGGGCUACGUAUCCAUCGGAGACACAUACACUCCGUUUGGUUACCGUCCAUGUAAUGAGUCGGCGUACAAGAAUAAACAGAUGCAGACGUCAGUGCCCAAGAGAAAGUCCGGGCUACAGUCUGGGUUUUUCGAUACUCAGUUCAAAAGGAUCUUUGAGCGGGAGGCCCUCAGUGACCCUGUGAAACAAAACAGGCAAUACAGGAUCCAGCAGUCUAAAAAGAAUAUAGGAAAGACCUUUCUCCCAAGCAAUGGAGAGAAGAAACCCUCAGGUGUUGGCAGCUACUACGGAACCAUUAGUGGCCCUAUGGAGGCCAUGAGUGCCCAGCGAGUCCCCAGAGAACCGUACAAAUCAUCGGGGAAGAACCUGUACACUAGUCCAUCCCAGAAGGGAAGUGGUUAUGGAUAUCCAAAUGUCACCUUGUCCAAACUUGACCCUUACUCCCCUGACCCCUAUGACAGGGUAAAGGAACUGUUUAAGAGGGAGAUGACAAACCACAAGACGAAGCUGAAAGGGGGACAGUUCCGCUUGAACCUCCACCCAAAAGACUACUUUGACAACAAUCCCUUCAAAAUAGAUAAGCCUCUCCCACCCUCUAAGAGAAUGGAUGAGAGAAAACAUCACUUUGCAGUCCCCUUCAAACCAUCCUCUCCCAGCAAAACGAUUGGAGGUAUGAAGGCUGGGACGUUUGACACCUACCCCAGACACUCAGCGGACACUUACAUCACCCAGAAGCCAAAGACACUCACCACCAACAAGGAGGGCAAGAUCUUUCGCCCGACCGCAGGACUCAAGAGCACCCCAGUUAAGAGCAUCAUCACUGUCAAUGUCAACAAGAUGGUGAAUGCAACAAACUACAACACAAUGCCACCUGUUAUGAAACUGAUCAUCUAACAGGACUUGCAGGAGAGAGGAGAGAUGGAAUACAAUUGUUUUUACUGAUUGUGACUGGGAAAAGAGCUAUGGUUGCCAUUGCAAUAAUUAUGACAAUGUUGUCACUGAACGAUAUUUUAUUUGUUGCUCUUGUCAGAAGUAGAGUUUUCUGGAGGUUAAAGGGUCAGUAUAAAGUGUGUUAUUACUGAAUAUGAUGUUAUUAUAUGAUGAAUAUAUCUUUCAAUGGGGAUACUAGUGACUGAUAUUAAAACUUUUCUAUUUGAGUUUGCUUUCUGUUAUGUGUUGUGUUACCCAUACUGCCUGAGGAUAUGGGUCAUGACUGGUAACCUUUUCCCUGGCGAACAAUACUAUGAUCCUGGCUUUGAAUAAUUCAUCAGGCUGACCGAGGUAACAGCUGACUGAAGGCACGCAGAAUGGAAUGCUGUAUGUGUUGUAGAGUGGGGACAAGACUGCAUGAAAAAAAAGAUAUUGCGCUUCAAACGAUGCAAAUAGUUUACAAAAACAUUUAAAGUCAUAUUAUAAGAAGGCUAAGCUUCUUUUAGG